UCCCCAUUAGCAGUGCCAUUGUUUAAGUAAUGCGAACCAUCAGAACUGAAGUAGUUAUCUUCCUUUCCUCAGUCUGCUAGGAAAACUGACCCAGCACACAGCAGGUUAAAAAACGAUUACAUUGAAAAUGACAGAACGCUUUGAUUGCCAAUACUGCAAGGAAUCUCUGUUUGGAAAGAAAUACCUGCUGAGGGAAGAGAACCCAUACUGUGUGAAAUGUUAUGAAAGCCUAUACUCCAACACAUGUGAGGAAUGCAAGAAACCCAUCGGAUGUGAUGGCAAGGAUCUUUCAUACAAGGAUCGUCACUGGCACGAAGCCUGCUUUCAUUGCUUCCAGUGCAAGCGCUCAUUGGUGGACAAACCAUUUGCUGCAAAAGAUGAACAUUUAAUUUGUACGGAAUGUUAUUCUAAUGAAUAUUCUUCCAAGUGCAAUGAGUGCAAGAAAACAAUCAUGCCAGGGACACGUAAGAUGGAAUAUAAAGGAAAUAGCUGGCAUGAGACCUGUUUUGUCUGUACCCGCUGUCAGCAACCAAUGGGAACGAAAAGUUUUAUCCCUAAGGAGAACCAGAACUUUUGUGUGCCAUGCUAUGAAAAGCAGUUUGCAAUGCACUGCAUCCAGUGCAAAAAAGCCAUCACCACUGGAGGUGUCACCUACCGAGAUCAGCCAUGGCAUAAAGAAUGCUUUCUUUGUACAGGAUGCAAGAAACCUCUAUCGGGACAACGGUUUACAUCUAGGGAUGAGUUUGCCUAUUGUCUGAACUGCUUUUGCAACUUGUAUGCCAAGAAAUGUGCUGCUUGUACUACCCCCAUAAGUGGGCUUGGAGGAACAAAAUACAUAUCCUUUGAAGAGCGCCAGUGGCACAGUGAUUGCUUUAACUGUAAGAAGUGCGCCAUCUCCUUGGUGGGUCGUGGCUUUCUCACAGAAAGAGAUGAAAUUCUGUGUCCUGAAUGUGGAAAAGAUAUAUAGCAAUCAUAUGACCGAAGAAAAGCAGCAAGAUAACAUGUACACAAUGAUUUUUCUCAGUCAUAUAUCUGACAUGUCCUUUUUCAAUAUUAAAGAAGUUAUAGACAAUAUAGUCUUUGAAAAUCUAUAGGUAUCAGAAUAAAUUGUAUAUGAUAGUUGAUUCUCAUGAAUAUCCUCAAAGAGUUCUGAAUGUAACACUGUCUAGAUUCAUAUUAUAUAACAAUUAUAUUUUCUUAUAAUAUAUAUUCAUGGUACAUGAUUUAUGUACAAUGGCUUCUUGUUUUCAUAGUCCUUUGUUACAAACAUCUACCUUUCUCCUGGGAAGGUGACAGUAAGUCAGC